CGCACGUAGUCCGGCUCGGGAAGAGAGAUAGAGAGAGAGAGAGAGACUGCUCGCUCGAGGAAAGGCGCGUUUGUAGCGUAUAUAGCCCAAAUCCCGCCUUUUGCUUUUCACCCUUCGUUAUAAAAACUUUCCUCUCUCUCUCUCUCUCUGUUUUUUUCUCUCUUUCUCCUCUCGCUGGCUUCGAGGAGGAAAAGUAAUUGGAGAAACUUUUACUGGUGCUCGGAGAAUCUAGGGUUUUAAUUUUACCUUUUCCGAUCUCCGUCGUGUAUUUCGAUCCGAUUCUCUAUUUUUUCACCUGGUUUCUUCUCUUCUGCAAGUUUAAUAUAGGAAAUGGCUUAUUAGAUUUCUGUAAUGAUGGAAGUGGGGUUCUCUCUUGUUCAGUGGUUGAUAAGUUCUGGCGCUGAUAGUCCGUUUAUAUUCGGAUGGCUUGUAACUGGAUCCUUUGGUCUUCUAGCUGUUGUGUACACGUUUCUUAAAUGGCAGAAUAAAACUUCUUUAAAUUGGGUUAAAGCUGCUGCUAGAGAGAAGAAGAAAGUAUGGAAAAGACUGAGAGUUCCACUUUCUCAUCAUCAAUGGACGGAUGAUUACGGUUGUGGGCCGCAGCCAUCCACCUGCUGCGUUUGCCUCUACUCGCUUCUUCCAGGCCAAAACGUUUCUAACAAGGCAGCUCUGAGUAUUCCCGUCCACAGAUGCUCUGUGUGCGGUGUAGCAGCUCACUUUUAUUGCUCAGGCUCUGCGGCAAAAGACUGCAAGUGUGUUGCGCAGGCCGGGUCUGACUAUGUCAGGCAUCACUGGUCUGAGCGGUGGGUUAACAUGGAUGACAAUGCUGACAUGUCUGCUUUUUGCUUCUAUUGCGAUGAACCAUGCGGGAUUCCUUUCAUUGAAGCUUCUCCAAUGUGGCACUGUCUCUGGUGCCAGCGCCUCAUACAUGUGAAGUGUCACAUGAUCAUGUCCAAGGAAUCUGGUGACGCUUGUGACCUUGGCUCUCUCAGAAGGGUGAUCCUCUCUCCAGUGCAUGUAAAAGUCAGUGAAGAAAAUGGCGUAGAUGGAGUACUGAGUACUAUUAAAAACGAGUUAGCAUCUAUACGAGGGCAUGUGAGAAGAAAACGCCACAGGGGUAAAAAUGGGAAUGCCCAAUCGAUUAGUGGUAAGCUGUUGGAGGAUUCAGCCAGUAAUCCUGUUAAAAGCCUAGUUAAUGGCCUUGUAGUGAAGAAACUACGCAGAGAUAGGAGCAUAGAUUGCUUAAAGAAGAUACCGGAUAUGCCUAAUGGUAAGGGAAUGCAGAAUGGUAUUGGGGGACCCAAACGAAGUAAAACUGCUGCUUUUAAUUUUAUGAAGAAGUAUAGCUUGGUUGAUUUGCCCCCGGAUGCAAGACCGCUUUUGGUCUUUAUUAAUGCCAAGAGUGGAGGUCAACACGGUCCUUUUCUUCAUAGGAGACUGAAUAUGCUAUUAAAUCCAGUACAGGUCUUUGAGCUUGGCUCUUGUCAAGGGCCAGAUGCUGGUCUAGACCUAUGUAGCAAAGUGAAAUACUUUAGAGUUUUGGUGUGUGGGGGAGAUGGAACAGUUGCUUGGGUGCUUGAUGCCAUAGAGAAGCGAAAUUUCGAAUCCCCUCCACCUGUCGCCAUCCUUCCGCUAGGCACAGGAAAUGAUUUAUCUAGAGUUUUGCAGUGGGGAAGAGGUGUUUCAGUAGUUGAUGGACAGGGGAGUCUAAGAACGUUUUUGCAAGACAUUGAUCAUGCUGCAGUUACAAUGCUUGAUCGCUGGAGUGUAAAGAUUAAAGAAGAGAGUACAGAAAAUUUUCCAGCAAGAGAAGGCCACAAGUUUAUGAUGAAUUACUUGGGUAUUGGCUGCGAUGCCAAGGUUGCGUAUGAAUUUCACAUGAUGCGGCAAGAAAAUCCUGAAAAGUUUUGUAGUCAGUUUGUAAAUAAAUUAAGAUAUGCUAAAGAAGGUGCGAGGGAUAUCAUGGAUCGAGCAUGUGCCGAUUUACCAUGGCAAGUAUGGCUUGAAGUUGAUGGAAAAGACAUUGAAAUCCCCAAGGAUUCACAGGGCCUAAUAGUACUAAACAUUGGAAGCUAUAUGGGUGGAGUAGAUCUAUGGCAAAAUGAUUACGAACAUGAUGAUAAUUUUAGCAUUCAGUGUAUGCACGACAAGACACUUGAGGUGGUAUGUGUCCGUGGAGCUUGGCAUCUCGGCAAACUACAGGUGGGUCUUUCUCAGGCGAGGAGGCUGGCACAGGGAAAAGUCAUAAGAAUACAUGUUUCUAGUCCUUUCCCUGUACAAAUAGAUGGAGAACCGUUUAUACAGCAACCGGGCUGCUUGGAGAUAACUCACCACGGACAGGUAUUUAUGCUAAGAAGAGCAUCGGACGAACCUCGAGGGCAUGCGGCAGCCAUAAUGAACGAGGUGUUGCUCGAUGCAGAAUGCAAAGGAGUCAUAAAUGCAUCUCAGAAGAAAGUACUUCUUCAGCAAAUGGCUCUACAUCUCUCGUAGAAAUAUAAUAUAUCCUCUCACCAAAUUUUGGCUUAACAGGAAGAGUAUAACUUACAAUCUUGACUUUUACCCACUAGAGAACCCGGGUACGAGAUUUUUUUUUUGCUUUUUUUACCCUUACUUUUGUUUUUUGUUUUUUUCCCCUUUGUGAAGAGUGUCAAUUGUAUAGUGUGCCCAUACGAAAGCCACUGAGAUUGGCUUCAAAAAGUACUGUACUAUAAGUUUCAGUUACGUGUAUAAGAAUCAGACAAGAGGACCUUUGGUUAGAUUUUUAGUUGAUGAAGCAUUUGGUUGGACAACUGCACUCUCAAAUCCACUCCCUCUUU